CCAGUAUUUCGAGAAGGUUUAGAAUCAGGAGUUAAUGUUCAGUUAGAGUUGGGCAGUUAAAGUAGGAACAUGCAGCUGCUCUUGAUUUGUACUUUGGCGCUCCUGGGACUAGGUUCAGGGUUCCCCCAGUUCAAUCCUGUAGCUGAGCUACAGAGCAGUACCGGAGAAUUGAUCCUGGGUGAUGGAGAGAACCUGGAUCAGAACGGAUGUCUAGUUGGACCCUCUGGAGAACGGGUUUGUCCUCUCGGAGCCUUCGGAUCUGAUGGUAUGAGCAGGGUUCAGCAUAGUGGUAAUCAGGGUCCAGGACAAACCGGAAGUAACGGAAAUGCUGGACCAGUAAAUUCAGCCGGACUUCCUAUCGAUCCCGCAGCAGAAACUUACAAAAAGCAGAUUGAAGAAUAUCAAAGAUGGGCUGAACAGCAGGUGAAAAAUGCCGAAAAACAGCUUGGAACAGCUUGAAACAGAUCGGAACAGCUUAAAACAUCUUUGCGGAUUUUUAAAAACAGCUUGGUGGAUUUCUUAGGAAUAACAGCUGAAACGAAACCACAAGAAUAUCAAGUUGGAAAAAUCUACACGCAUUAUACUAGUCUAAAUCACAAAAUUAAUAAU